CACGGGCACACGCACUAGAGGUGGGAGUGGGUGCUCGUGUAGCUGCUGGAAGCCAGGAUGGGAUAAUCAUGCGUGUCUGGCUCCGGGCGUUGAUGCAGCUGCCGUUGCUGGAUACGGACUGGACUCAGGGCGCAGGGUGGGUCUAGUUCCCGACUGGAGCUAGCCUAUCUGGACCUCAUGUCGAUGUUAUCAAGCAUUCCGAGAACGACGAGGGCGAUGGGUGUGAGUGGAGUUGGUGCAGCUCUUUGAAACGUCCAGGCGAGAGAAAUCAGCCGUUUUCUUGGAUGGAGGACAGGAUUCACCGGCAUUAAAGCGCAGACCCGGCUUGGAAUAACUUGGCAAAGAGGAGAGAGGAUACCGAGGCAUCCCUUGGAGGAUAUCAAGUGGAAGCCCUUCUUUUCGUUUCUUUACCCCCUUUUUUAACUGGGAUAGCGACCGAUCACUUUUGCAUUGGUAAUUAGGAGAAGACUGCCUCUUUGGAGCGAGCGGCAGCCGCAUCCGACCCGACCAAGCGGUGUUUGUGUGGAGGGGGGUGGAUUCUUUGGAUGGUGAGGGCGCAGUGAAGGCUGAGAGAGCGGCUUGCCGUGUGUAGGAGGAGACGGAGGGAGACCGGGCAGUUUGAAGGGACGGGGAGCCAGGAGCGGCGCGGCGGCUCCAUGAGCGGCUCCUGCCGGGACAGAGCGCCCAGAGCCCAGCCGGAGCGUCUCCACCGCCGCGGGUAGAAUCCCGGGCUACAGGACGGUGGCCAGUUUGGAAGUUUUGAUGCAUAUGAUCACAACCACCAUGAUUUUUAUGAUUCUUGGUGCUUCAGUUGUAAUGGCGAUAGCCUGUUUAAUGGACAUGAACGCACUACUGGAUCGCUUUCACAACUACAUCUUACCGCAUCUACGAGGGGAGGACCGCGUCUGUCACUGCAACUGUGGAAGGCAUCAUGUCCACUAUGUAAUCCCAUAUGAUGGGGACCAUUCAUUGGUGGACUCAUCAGAGAACUACUUUGUGAGUGACAGUGUGACCAAGCAGGAGAUGGACUUGAUGCUGGGAUUGCUGCUGGGAUUCUGCAUCAGCUGGCUGCUGUUGUGGCUGGAUGGAGUCCUACACUGUGCCGUCAGGGCCUGGAGGGCAAGCCGCUACUAUGACACUCCAUCCUGGUCAUGGCUUCCCCAGUUCUGCAACCUUCGAGACCUCCGUCGCCGAGCCCAGCUCAGACAGCUGGAAGACUCCAGCGGCAACAUGGUCCACAUCAAGCAGAAGCUCUACCACAACGGCCACCCCAGUCCCCGCCACCUCUGACUCUAAAAAUAAAAAUAAAAAAUAAUCUAGGCCUUCCCUCUCCGUAAAAAUUGUCCCUUCACUCCUUUCCAAAACACCUCCUUACCAAACUGCCCCAAAGGCCAAAUGUUGCCUCAGAGACCCUGAAAAACUGCCCUCCCACUGUUCCAUAACAUGGCCCCUCUUAAAACCUCCCUGACAGGACUUUCUUAUGACUAAACCCCAGUCCCUGUCAGCCCUUAAAAAAAACCCAAAAUGGAGGAAGAUGACAAUUAUUUGUUGCCACUGAAAUCUUGUCUUAUGUCCAUGUCCACCAUUGUGGGAGGAAGAAGUAAAAAAAAAAAAAAAAAAAAAAAAAAAA